GAUGUAUGAGAAAAAACCUAUGCUAUCUGAAUGGUAUGAGGUAUUUUAGAAAAUGAGUAAAUAAAAUGCAAGAUCUAUAUUUUAUUUUUCCUAAGAGUAACCAAAUUAUCAUGUUGUACUUCAAUCCGUAGUAGGAAUAUUCACUGACAAACCAUUUUUUAUAACUAGGAUAGAUAUGGAAAUUUGUGAGAAGUUAAUUUGGUGUAUAGGGUAAGAUGUAAGCGAAGAUAUGAGAAGUUCAAUUAAAAGGUUUAUAGAUAUAUUAUAAUCUAUUAGAGAAAGAAGAGACUUUUCUUAAAGCCUCAUCAAUUGA